AUGAGUGGUAUGACAAAAGAGAAUGUUGUUUUUAGUGGAAAAGUGAUAGUAUUCGGAGGUGACUUUAGACAAAUCCUUCCUGUUAAUCCUAGAGGUAGCAGGUCCGAUAUUGUAAAUUCCACAAUUAAUGCAUCUUAUCUUUGGGAUCACUGUGAAGUUCUAACAUUGACAAAAAAUAUGUGUCUGCUACAACGAGGUUUACAAAGUAGUACUGCAUCCGAGAUUCAGGAAUUCUCAGAUUGGAUUGUUAAAAUUAGUGAUGGUAAGUUAGAAGAACCAAAUGACGGUUUAGUAGAAGUCGAAAUACCCAAGGAAUUUUUGAUUUCAGAGUUCAAUGAUCCGAUACAGGCAAUUGUGAAUACAACAUAUCCAGAUUUAAUUCACAAGUACACAAAAGAAUCAUUUUUGCAGAGCAGAGCAAUAUUAGCAAGGGAAGAAAAAGAAUAUCUUAUCUCUAAUUCAGUGGAUGAAUCCGCUUCAAGUGAUGCUUAUAGCAAUAUCACCUCUGAGUUCCUAAAUUCACUUAGUAUGUUUGGACUUCCUAACCAUAAGAUCAAACUAAAGAUUGGAGUACCUAUAAUGCUUUUUAGAAACUUGGACCAAGCUACAGGAUUAUGCAAUGGAAGCAGAUUGAUCGUGACCAGACUUGCAAACCAUGUCAUAGGUGCUAAAUUGAUAAUAGGUAACAAGGAUGGACAAGAAAUUUAUAUUCCUUGA